AUGGAUUUUAGCCUGAAAAGGCGUUCAAAUUCAGUAGAUCAACAACAAGAAAAAGAUGAGGGUAAGGCCUUUUUAAUGCCAAAAAGUUCCCUUCCUCCUAAAGCUAAUAAAUACUUCUUCAUUGACAAAGAACCAUUAACUCAUCAGCAACUGUUAGCACAAAUUUCAAAGCUUUCAAAUGUUCGGAUUUUUAGAGUUGCAGUUUGUUUAAACUUACGUCCAGCAAAUAUAGAGACACUUAAGUUUUUUAUAUCGCGAAUUUCUCUUACCGAUGAAAUGAUGUUAGAUAAAGUUGAAAAAGCUUUAUCAAUGGCAACAACAAAAGUAACUCCAGGAGUUCAAGGUCCAAUCAACCCAUCAUCUACAGAUUAUCCAUUUUUCGAUAUUCGUUACAAACCUUUUGAAAAUGGCCCAGCAAUCACAGACAAACCGAUUGAUAUGGGUUUAGCACCUGUAACUUUCUCUUUUCAGAUCCCUAUUUUGCCUCCAGAUAUCAGAAUUAUUCUUCAAUCUUUUUUGGUCGGAGUAUCGCCUCCAAUGGUUCGCUGGCCACAAACUCUUUCAAUAUUCGUUAAUAAUUGUCUUAUAAAGCCUCAAGGAAUUUUUAAUUGUAUGUUGAUUGAUCUUAGUCAGUUUCCUCCUGGCAGUAUUGUUACAAUAACAAGCGCACAAGAAACAGCUCAGUACAAAUUUAUUGUCCGUUGUGCAAAAUAUUACACUUACAACGUUAUUAUUCAAUCAAUCAAGGCUUUUCCAAAUAAUGAGUAUUUUAAUGAAGCUGAACUAUCAUUAAUUUGCCCACUUACUGGUCAGCCUCUGAAAUUCCCAGGAAAAGGCAAUCAUUGCAGACAUACCCAAGCAUUCAACUUGAAAGCUUACUUAAAGAGAGGAGUAUCAACAGGUAAAUGGUACUGCCCAAUUUGUGGUAAUUAUUCUCCACUAGAAGCUUUAAUUUAUUCAUUCAAAACAGAAGAGGCCCUAAAUCUCGUUAAAAUGUCUAGACCAAAGCCUCAAAACUACAGUGGAAGUCCACAAGUUAUGCCGCCGUCCGAACCACCGCAGCAAAAUAUUAUGUCUCAAGUUUCUCAAACUCAGCCAGGAACUCCUGAACCUGAACCUCCAAAAAAUGAAAAUCCAUUUGAUUUCGAACUUAAUGAUAGUAUAUUUGAUGAUGAAGAGAAAGAAUUUUAUGAUUUCUAUUAA